AUGUCAGUUGAAGCGAGACAUGGACUUCUGCAAUGCCGGACGGGGCCGCUAGUGACCGUGAGACCCGUCGCGGCAUCAGGUUCCCGGUCGACACGGCGACUCUGCGACGCCAAGCAGGAGGCCUGCGACUUGAUCACUUCGAGCCGCAGACCACAGCCUGUAUUCCGGCAAUUUCAACACUUUUAUCGAGUCCUCUUCCCCUCCUUGUUGAAUUAUGAUAACGUGUUCGAAUGCGUUGAGUAA